CAGAAAUUGCAAGUCAGCCCAACCUUACUCGUCCCGAUGGUUCGUUCGCAAACAAUGCCCGCUACCAUGUUUUGUGAAAGCCCGUCACAUGAAUGACGUAGUAAUAUACGUCAACAACAGACGUGACUCGAUGACGUUUAUGAUAUAGGGUAACUACAUACCUACUCAUAAAUCAAAUUCAAUACUUUCUUUUGAAAUCAAGUGAAACUUAACAUACCAGUAAUGAACGACUUUAUUUACUUUAAUUUUCUAGCAGUAUUUGGAAGAACAGCUAUAUAUCGUAGUACACUUCAAUUCAUACAUUCUAGCGAACAAUACGUUAUUUACACAAAAUCAUAAAUAAAUAUAUAAGUACAAUGUAACCUCAACACAAUGUGCAUAAAAUACGAAAACAAGCAUAUAGGUGUAAUAAUAAACGGCUACAACCCUGUUACCCUACUAAUAUUAUAUUGUAAAUGUUUAUUAGUGUGUUUGUAUGUUUGUUACUCAAUCACGCAAAAACACCUGAACGGAAAUAUUCGUAUGGUACGCAUAUAGUUUAUGUCCUGGAUUGAGACGAAGGAUACUUUUUAUCUCGGAAAAAUGACAGGUUCUUGUGGGUUUAAAAAAACAGUUUACGCAGACGAAGUCGCUGGCGGCCGCUAGUAGCCUAAAAUUUAGUAGUAAAUACUUGCGAUACCGUUGCACUUAAAUGAAUGCUGUCACUGAAAUGUAUUAAAAGCUUUAUUAAAAUCAAACUGCACUGAGCAGUAACCAUGACUCAACUGUUUACAGGAUAAAAUAAAAAAAGGUUUUGUAACGUUUAAAAACGAUUAUUUGCCAAGUUUAUUUUUUACAAACGAGUCAAGAAGUAAAUCAAUAAAUUAAUAGGUAGUUCACAGACGUCACUGCGAUUAGAUGCCGUUAAUACGAUUAGCUGAAUGGCUCAAGACAAGAAUGAUAGUGGUUGCCGUAGCAUUCAUUUCCUUAAUAUCCAAUAGGUUUUAGGUUGACCUUAAUUUUUGGUAUAUUUGUAGAAAUUAUGUGAAUAGUUUCUUUUUUUGCUCCAGAAAUAUGAAAAAAGAACAAGAGAAAUACGAUAUCAUUGUUAUUCAGUACUAUUAAUAUGAGCAACUGUUUCUUUUUUUACCCUCCAAUCAUGCUGUAUUUAAUAUCUAUUAAAUAUAGUUGCCAUACAACAACGAACGUUGCUGGUUUACAAGUAUAUAAGUAUCUUGGAAUAAAGUUUUUUUUCCAGUUCUUUCUCAAGCCGGCAAAUUAUAAUAAAAUCAUGAUGGAAUAAACAGUGGUUUCGGUGUCAUUAAUCUUUACGUUUUUAAAUCGUAGUAACACGAAGAAAAUAAAUGUGAUAGUCACGCUGAGCGAACAAUAAGUUAUCUACAUAGUCAAUGUGACCCCGUAUGUCGUUAUAACUGUAGUUAAUGUACGCAGGCAACGUUUACAAGAGGUGUUAACUAUUUAAUCAUAUUUGGGGUAUUAGUAGUUUAACAGCCAUAUCACCAUCAAAUUUUCAGUGCAUAUAGUCAGCAUAUCGAGCGUUCACGUAACACCAACUAGCCAUUGACCCACUAAACCUCAGUAUGCAAAGAAGAAAGAAAAUUAGUAAAUAGACCAAGGUCCUCUGUCAAUAAUAAAUGAUGGUGCGUGGUGCGAUGGUGUGCGGCGGAGGACGGCGGCCGGCGGGAGGCACGAGAAUGCCCGCGCUGCGCCCGCACCCGCGCCCGCGCCCGCCGCCCGCCGCGCCGCAGUGUUCCGCCGCCCUCGCGCCGCCCGCCCGGCUGCACCAUGCCCCUACUCGAGGACAUCCCCGCAUGCCCGAAUGCCCGUUCACAUCCUACUCCCCGCGCCUAACACGACGACACUCGAAACUUUCACAUCCGCCAGUGCAGUGCCAGUGACAACAAAACAAUAUGCUGAUUAAAAUUCAUAAAACGAAUCUCGUAGCUCACUUGAAAGUUGUUAAAUAUUGCGAGUAAAACGACGUGAAUAAUAAUCGAACAAAGAAAUGUGUUUACAAAGAAAAUUAUUUUAAGGGGAUUUUGUUUAGAGUGAUUUAAACUGUAAUAAAAGAUGAAUUUAAAUGAUAACAAUGAGGAAAUAAUUUAAAACAUAUGUGAAAAAACAUAAUCAACGCAAACCCGACGAUCAGUUGUGGUCAUGGAAAACGGUGCCUUAAAAUAUGGGAGCAACAACAACAAUAAUGAUAUACUGGAAGAGAAAGUGGUAUUAUCGCUGGGGGCGACGGGGCCCAAAGGGACAACGCAGCCUUCACAUCCCUGCACUAUCCUCCACCACUCUCCUUACAAGGCCGCUUGGGAUUGGCUGAUCCUUAUUCUCGUGAUCUACACUGCAAUAUUCACGCCCUAUGUCGCCGCUUUCCAACUCAACGAGCCCGACUUUGACAAGCGCUCGCGCAGCUUCGGCGAAGACCCUAUCGUCGUCAUCGAUAUGAUAGUCGAUGUGACGUUCAUAAUUGACAUCCUGAUAAACUUCCGGACGACGUAUGUUAACGCGGCGGACGAGGUUGAGUCGGACCCUGCCAAAAUCGCAAUGCACUACCUGCGCGGCUGGUUCGUCAUCGAUCUGGUGGCCGCCAUCCCCUUCGACCUGCUCCUCUUCGGCACCGACACCGACGAAACGACGACGCUGAUCGGCCUCCUGAAGACCGCACGCCUGCUGCGGCUCGUACGAGUCGCGCGCAAAAUUGACAGAUACUCCGAAUAUGGCACUGCCGUCCUUCUACUUCUUAUGGCCACGUUUGUGCUUAUUGCACACUGGCUGGCAUGCUUGUGGUACGCUAUUGGUAGCUGGGAACGACCGCAGCUACAUGCUCCUAUUGGAUGGCUGGACGCGCUUGCAAAUGAUGUUCAAGCAUCUUAUGACAAUUCUACGGGCCCCUCCAUGAGAUCUCGCUACAUCACUGCCUUGUACUUUACGUGCACUUCGUUGACAAGCGUUGGAUUCGGAAAUGUCGCACCUAACACCGACAUGGAAAAAGGAUUUACGAUAUUUGUCAUGCUUGUAGGAUCUCUCAUGUAUGCUAGUAUCUUCGGUAAUGUGUCAGCGAUAAUACAACGAUUGUAUUCAGGAACAGCUAGAUAUCACACACAGAUUCUGAGAGUACGUGAAUUCAUCCGAUUUCACCAGAUUGCAAAUCCUCUCCGGCAACGCCUAGAGGAAUAUUUCCAACACGCUUGGAGCUACACUAACGGCAUCGAUACUUCUAGUGUUUUGAAGGGCUUCCCUGAAUGUUUGCAGGCUGAUAUUUGCCUGCAUCUUAAUCGUAAUUUACUAGCUAACUGUUCUGCAUUUGAAGGAGCUAGCCCAGGUUGUCUUAGGGCUCUAUCUUUAAGAUUUAAAACAACGCACGCACCCCCUGGUGAAACUUUAGUUCAUCGUGGUGAUGUUCUGACCUCAUUGUACUUCAUAUCCAGAGGCUCGAUUGAAAUUCUGAAAGACGAUAUUGUCAUGGCUAUUCUAGGGAAGGACGAUGUCUUUGGCGAAAACCCGUGCGUGCACCCGACGGUGGGACGCAGCAACUGCCGCGUGCGCGCGCUCACAUACUGCGACCUGCACCGCGUGCACAGGGACGACUUGCUCGACGUGCUGGACUUCUAUCCCGAGUUCCGGGCCUCCUUCGUCAACAAUCUGGAGAUCACUUACAACAUGCGUGAUGAGGAACUCGGCGGCAUAGAACCACGUCGGCGUAUGAAGUACGAGAACCCUAACGACGCGCGCCUGCUGCGUGAGGCCUACGCGCGCACCACACGUCGUCCACACACCGAGACCUUCGCUGAGAAAGUGGACUCUCAGUGUAGCGACGACGAUACAGAGUCGCCUCCAAGUCGAGGUAUAUUAGAAUUUUCAACCGACAAAGCUGGACAAGAUGUCACUCCCCUUAACUUCAACUUUAGUAAACAGAGAUCGACAACUCUUAACUCCAUCACUGGCAUGCUAGCGCAACUAAAACGGAGCUUCCCAGACCUCUACCAUCAUAAAACACACCAGCCGCUCCACAACAAGUAUUCUCAAUCAACGCCACAAACAUACCGUGGUCGGGCAGCAGUACGUCGGCAAUCGUCGGUGGGGCCUCUGCACGAUACGUCACCGCUGACGGGGCAAGCGGCUGGCGAGCCGGCCGUAAGCACGCCGGCGCACAGCGCCACGCUACCAGUGUCGAGUCUCAGCACGAACCCCAGCUCAUACUACACUAACGCAUCGCCCAGCCCGCCUGCGCCCGUGCACGUCUCCUGCGACGAUAUUCUCGCGCCCGCGCCUUCCUCUGCUGCACGCACGCCGUCGUCACGCUCAGCGCCACACUCCGCAGUCAACCUUCAUCAAACUGGGCGACCUGCCGCUCUCGCUUUUGCCAGCGAAAGAUCGCAAGCGCAGGAAACCGUAUCGCCUCAGUAUCAGAACGUUGGCCCUGCUGCAACAGCGGCAUCGGUGGCGACGGUGUUAACAAGACUGGAGGAGUUGAGCCGGCGCGUGGCAAUGCUUGAGUCGGGUCUGACGUCCGACGUGCGGCGGAUCCUGCAGCUGCUGCAAGCGCGGGACCCCCUCCACCAUAACACGCAGCCGGCACACACUCCUGCGCAGCCAUUGCCUAAAGCUUCGUUAUCGGUGCCGCAAACUAAUGAUAACCAGUGGGAGUGGAGCUGGAACGGCGAGCGGGAGCGUGAGCGAGGUCGGUACGCGCGCGAUCGCGGGGACCGCACGCCCGGCGUGCAGCGGUCCGCGUCCGAACCGCACGCGCCCCUGCCACCAGCCCUGCCGCCGCCCCCUCACUCACACUCUUUCUACAGGUAGUGUGAGGCAGGCGAGACGAGCGCUCCCCGCUCUCGGCCGUCGACACGCUCGCUCGCAGAGUCCGCGUCGUGCGGGUCCCUGGCGGGCGGUGGCGGCGGCGGUGGCAGCGCCGGCGGUGGCGGCGGCGGGCUGGGUGCGCUCGGGCGCGGCCUCGACGUGGCCACCCGCCCUCCGCCACGCGCGCACUUCCACUUCUGCCGACGCAUCACGCGCGUCCGCCUCGACGACGCCCGAACUUUCCUCUAAAGCGGCCCCACCCGACGCAUGGACCAAUUUUAUAUACUUUCGUUAAACGCCUAAAUUAACAAACACGUCCUCGCGAUAUCGCGACCGGGCACCGCCCCGCCCGUGUCGAGUCCGUUCGUAUUUAAAUGUUUCAUGAUCGCUUUAGUAAAUACUAGAAGACAGCCGGUAUCGAUUAGAGAGCUGUAAGGACUCAGAGCGUCGAUGUUAGUACCUAUUGUGAGUUGCACGAGUGGUUCGAAAUGCAAUAAGUGAUGGAUAUAUUGGGUGCUUUAAUUUUAUGUAAUUUAUGGGCUUUUAAUAUAAGCCAUUAUUGAAUAUUAUGUAUGAGUAUGGUACUUCAUUGUACAAUAGCACUAUCUGACAGUAUUAUUCUACAAUCACGUUCAAUAUUUUACAUCGAUAGAUGGACUAUCCAGAUACGCGUUUAUCUCAAUAUCGGAAUUUAUUUAAGAUCUCAGCAGUUUCAGGUUGAGGUUAUAAGACUGAAAGACUACGUAAUACUUACCAUGAACUGUAUUUCCAGAAGAGAGUAAUGAUAAACGCUUUCUACCCGUCCUUGCUCCUUGCCUUUACAUAGUAGCUAGGUAUGUCUUGCACUACUAUGUUCACUAUUAUUGAAACUCCUAAUGGAAGUGCGUUUAUGAAGUUCACUUGGCAUUAAGGUACUUAUACCAAAGCAUUAUCUUUGAUGAUGCGUAGCUAUACAAAAUGUUAUUCAUUCUAUUUUUGACAAUAUGUAUACGUUUGAAAAAAACGUUUACUAAUAAAAAAAAUGUACAGAAUUAUGUCAUCAAAGUGUUAAUAAUGAAAACAUUCCAACUAAGUAUAAAUUAAAUACCUUCAUUGUUUACACUAUUUACUUGUGUAAUUUAUUGUUAACAUGGCUCAACUUUCUGACUUUGUGUUUUGAUGUGUACCUACCUAUUGUAGUAACAAAUUAAGAAUUUUGCCCAUAUAUCAUUAUAAGCAAUAAUAAAAGCCGCCAUGAUACUUAUAAGGAAGUAAAUCGCGAUUAUUAUUGUGUAAGUAAAUCAUAAAAUUUAAAACAAAUUCAGAUAGUGCUACAUACCUACUUAUAUUACCUAUGUGGUUACUUAUAUUAUAGACAGACCAUUAUAACAGUCACAAUAAGUGAAACAUAAAACACAGUAAAUGUUCUAGCUACCUACUAUACAAAAAUAUUUACAUGAAAUUGUCGACAAUCGAGUAUUCAAAAUGACCCAUUCAUACGACAACGUUGUGGAAAUCACAAUAAAACCAAUGGUAAAAAUUAUUAUCACGUGAACGUUAACGUUAAUAAAUGUAUUAUAUUAUAUUCAGCUUUACAAAACUCCAGUUUAGCUAAAUUUUCAAAAUCAAUAUCCUUUCCUUAUUAUUUCGCCGGACUUACAGACACUAUUAUUUUUAUAUCAGUGUAAUAACUGACUCUUUACUAUUUAAAUAUAACUAUAAAGUAUAAUCAUUACUGUAGACGGGGGUAAAUUAUAGAGAGGUACAUACAGUUAAAAGACUACAAACAAGUGCUCGCCUAUGAAUAGUUAAUUAUUCCUGAAUAAUAAUAAUGGUGUCGGUGCAAUCGUUUAAUGCAAAUUAAUAAUUAUUACCUACCUGAGUGAGUCCCUAACUUCUUCUGAUAAAACCUGUGUAUGUUUAUGUAUGUUUCUAAUAUUAAUAAGUCUGAAUAUUUUUUAAGUAUUGUGGUGAGCUAGGUACAUUUCUAAAUAAAAAACUAGAGAAAACAAACUCGAACCAGGUUUCGAAUGGGAUCAAUCCAGCGCCCAGAUCAAUAUACCGACUACUAUACUACCGAGACUACCUAUAACGAAUGUGUUGAAUUUCUCCUAAUAUAUUAGAGCGAGGCCACGACACUCCGUUGCGACGUCGCAUCGCAAAAAAGCCUUACAAUGGCCGGCAGCGUAACGGACAUUUCUGCGAUGCGUUGAACGACGUCGUAGACUUCUAUUAUGCAACUCCGCUACGAAGUGUUGUAGCCUCGCCCAUAGGCUUUAAGGCCUAAAAAAUAUAAUAAUGUAUGAAGCAGUUUAAUGCUUAAGUAAAAAGUAUAAUAUUCGUAUACACUGCUAUUUCUUCUCUCGAAUAUUGGAUGCAAACUAUAUUUUUUUUUUCGUUUGACUUACAAAGUGAGUUGGUGACGCUGACGAUAAAAGUAGGUACUAGAAGAAAUUCGAAGCGUCUGUUAUGGUCUCGAUACAACGAUAUUAAAUAUCGUUGGCUCGGUAGCUUAAUGGGCUGUACAUUUGCAGGAUAGCGAAGAUCGCUAAUUUCAUUCCAACCUGGCCAUAUAGACCAAGAGCUACUGAACCCUGCGAGUACCGGUAUGUCUGUAAGGCUAGAAAUUCUUAUAGUGAUGUGUCAAAGCACACUUAGUACAGUAAGCAUCGCCUGGCACGCCUCAGCCCUGCACGUCAUCAAGCACAAUAUUUUUGAAAUUGUCGGCAAAAUAUAUAAAAAGAAAUUAUAAUAUAUAAAAAGCUUGAAAUUUUUAUACCAUUGUGUUUAAUUAAUUUUCGAUAUGCAUAAAUAAGUACCCGACAGGUGAACUGAAUGGUGUGUAAUAUAUAAAUUAAAAUAAACUUUAUUACGUAAAGUUGAAAUUUAUUAAUAUCUUCUAAGCGAUUUAAAGUAAGUAGGUAUAAUGACAGGCGGUUCUGGCUAGCAUAAGUCCUUGACAGGUGAGGGAAAAGAUGCUAUGGAAGUGCGAGUAAGAGACGUAACGUGAACUCAGUGGUGCGAUUGAGACAGUUUAUCUUAAGGUGAAAUUGGAGGGUAGUAUAUCUGCUUCUGUAAGAAUAUUUUCUGUAAGAAUAUAGAACGAAAAAUUUCGUCAGCUGUAACAACGAUUUAUCUACGUGAAGUCGUAUUUAACAAUCUUACGAAGAAUUUUGCUGAUUUAUAUUAUGAAUUACUUUAAAGUUUAAUAUUUCAAUUAUACACUAAUAUUAAUGAGGAUCAUUACUAGGUCAGCAAAAUCAAUACAAAUUCAACAGUCAAAUCAAAUUCAAAUAUAUAGUGCUUGAUGACGUGCAGGGCUGAGGCGGGCCAGGCGAUGCUUACCGUACUAAGCGUGCUAUGACUCAUCACCAUACAGUGGCGUAGCAUAGGUCACUAGCACCCGGUGCGGAUUCCAAAUUUGCCGCCCUCUUAUUUUUGCAAUCCAUUAUAAAAAAAUUGAGGCAUGGUAAAAAGAGUACUUUUAUUGAAUAACACUAACCUAAGAGUGAAAUUAACAUUUUUUGACAUAGAGUAGAAGGUAGACUAUCACAAUAUCACUUUUUUUAUAUAUUUUUUUUUCUCUAUCUGCCACCUCCGCAGCGCCGCCCCCGGCAAAGUGCCGCCCGGUGCGGACCGCACCCCCCGCCCCCCCCCAUGCUACGCCACUGUCACCAUAAGAAUUACUACCCUUACAGACAUACCGUUACUCGAAUUGUUCAGUAGCUCUCCUACUAAUGGAUGAUAAUUUCUAGUAAAAACCUCUUUAAAUAUACUUACUUACUUAUUUGGAGAAAAGUACUAAACGGCAGUACUAAAUAAUUUGAAGACACCACUUAUAUUCUAACAAUAUCUCUCUAUUCCGACAACAGGUAUCUCAUAAAAUAGCAACGCACAAGUUUGGCAUAGACAACGAUUAGAAUGUGGUUUUAUUUCACAUUACGCCAGAAUCAUUCAAUGAAUUUAAUUGUUAAAGAUGAAAAAUAAGAAAAAUCGCACAUUUUAAUUACUAAAUACUUAUAUCAUUUACAAUAAUUUUAUCGUUCAAAUAAUUUUAAGCGCGAUACGAUAUGUUUGUAAAUAUUAGUAGGUAGAUUAAUUAGAUUUGUAAAUUGGUCAAUUCCCAGUUAAAAUAUUGUUCUCAAACUAUAUAGUUAUAGCGAAAAUUUCUCUUUGCUUUGCUUUAAAUUAUCUCGCCGUGCACAUAGGUCCUUGAACAUUUAAUAUUUGCUUUUGUAGAAAUAGAACUUUGUCUUCAUAAAUACUUAUUACAUAUUAGAUAACCUCAUACUGCUAAGAACAUACCUAUCGAAUAUCAAUAAAUUGAUCCUGAUGAUUUGUUAUGCUAAAGUUAAAAAAUAUGUUUUUAUAUUUAAGGGAAGACGACCUUAUUAAUUUGUUGUUUGGGUUUCCAAUUAAUUUGUUGUACAAAAUAUAUAUAUGUAACUACAUACUUACUUAUCACUGAUUAAAAGGGCCGAUUUAUUUAAUCGAUAGGUACCUAUUAGAUACCGCUUAGUGAAUCUUAGUAGACAUGAAAACAAAGUUAUUUAAUUAAUAGUACCGUGUAAAUAGAAAAGACAGCAACAUUUGAUUAUCAAUUACAUAAAAAUGUAUCCGCGUAGGUACCUACCCGUUACGUAAAUACUUAUAAGAUCAACAUCUGCACUGCAAUUUAAACUGUGAAUAAUUAAAACAUUAUUGUUGUGAGCCUGUAAAAAAGCUAAUUAAAAAUACAAUUUUAAAUGAAACUCUUCAUCCGCAGAUGAAACAAGCAAGCUACUGUGCAAUAAAAUAAGUAACAUUUAUAUAAUUGGUUCUAACAAUUUAUACUCGAAUUAAAUAUUUUAAAAUAAAUGACCACUCCAUUAAUUAUUAUUUUUUACCAUCUAACUGGUGGGUGUUUAAAUUUAAAGAAUAUUUACCUAGAAAAUGGUUUCAGCCGAGACCUGAGGCCGUAUUAUGAACGUAUAAGAGCGGACGCGAGUUGAGAGACAUUUGAGAAAUAGGUAUUUGAAAAAACUAUUGCUAUCACGCAUUGGCAAAUACCGUGCGAUAGGGACAACAGUAGUUAACGCUGAAAUUUACAUAUAAAUAUUGCAAAAUUCUAUAUAUUGUUUUAAACUUUCAUGGUCACUAUCAUUAUAGCUAUUAACGGGAUUGUUACCAUGUACCUUGUUUUUUAUGAGUCUCCGAUAUUUCGGCACUGUUGCAAGCACCAUGAUCACGGAGUAACUGAAGUAAUUGCGGGUAGAUGAUGAUCGGAAACUCAUAAAAAACAAGGCACAUGGUAACAAUCCCGUUAAUAGCUAAAAUGCAAAAUUCUAGGUUUGGCUCUAGACUAUUUCCUCCUCGAAAAUUAAACAUACGUAGAAGUUUUACCCGUAGAAUAAAAAGUAGUUAAACUAUGCCUCUAUGUUUUGCUUUUUAUGUAAAUGUUUAUUAAAUCUCCACGCUAGACGUCUUUAGUGGUGAUAAUAAUUUGUUUAUUUUGGCAUGUUUGAGGGCUUCGAGUUUCUUCGAAAUACAAUAUAAAUUUUUUGUAUCAUAAUUACAAUUUUUAGUGAUUCAAGGAGGAAUCCUUCGAGAACGUUUGUAUGGAAAAAGCAUUGCCCGCCUCCCCCCCUCUUAACGCCAGGCAAAAACAGUGAUUGAAGUGGGAUGUCGCGCUACUGUGCGUAUGUGAUGUCUCGCUUUAACAAUGGAACCUGCCUGGGGGUCAAUCGCCUAACAGGAUUGCUAUGGUUAUCGCUAUCGCUUACGAUUUCAUAUUGUUAUUUCUGACCCCCGAAGGUUUUCAAAGGCCUAAUAAUUGGCCCCCUGGUGUUAGGAGUUGAUAAUUAUGAACACAUAACUCCAGGCGCGCACGCAUGUGAUGUCUCACUUUAACAAUGGAACUUGCCUGACGUUAGGAGUUGAUAAUAUGGCCUCUGGACCGAGUGGAUCUUUUUCUACGAAAAUGUUCCUUACACUCCAUUAUUGUUUUGAUUUAUCGCAAUUAAUGAUUGAACACUUAAAUACUAUUGAAGGUUUAUUAAUAGCGCUUAAGCACAGGGUGUAUAUUGUUUUAUUGAUAACUUUAAGUUAGAUAAUAAGGAUCUUUGACGUUACUAAGUGCGUUUUAUCUCUAGGAUGACAAAUAAUUCUUCGUUACAUAUUAUUACAUUUUAUUUUAUGAAAUAUUAAAUAAGCUAAAAUACACAAAAAUUACUUAUAAUAUAUCCUUUCUUCAUUGACUUGGUAAAUGUUAUUUUGUUAAUUUGAUUUGUCGUUAUUAUAAAACAAAUAAAACAUUGGGUAUAUGUCUUUAUAUUAUAUGCUUCUAAGUAUAUUGCGUAGCUACAACCUAAUCGUGUUUGCACAUAACAUUACGAGCCCUUACCGCCAAAUUAUCGUAAGCGACACUCGCCAAAUUAUCGUAAGCGACACUUUUGUCGCAAUGCGUUUUUUGUGGAAACUAAUAUUUUAAACCGUAACGGACCCAUCUCUGUUGAUAUUUCCCUCCAAAAGAACACCGUUAUAAUAUAAUAGAGGGAAGAAUAGAGGGAAAUAUUAACAGAGAUGGGUCCGUUACGGUUUAAAAUAUUAGUUUCCACAAAAAACGCAUUUCGACAAAAGUGUCGCUUACGAUAAUUUGGCGAGUGUCGCUUACGAUAAUUUGGCGGUAAGGGCUCGAUUAGAUUUUUGAAGAAACGUACUUAAUUAGGAAAAGAUUGCGCAUAAAGUACCUAUUACUUUUGUCUUUAUCUGUUGUUCAGCAGGCUCAAUCAUAACAACAACUGUGACAGAUAGUAACAGUUGAAAUUUUAACUAAAUGUGGAUUACUAUUGCUGCUUUAACUUCGAAUUAUAAAUAAAUGAAAAAACGUAAAAUCAAUAAGGAUUCGGGUAUCCGUGCCAUACAUGAAAUACUUUUGCGAUUUGCGAAAUGAGCGUUUUUACAACGCACAAUAAAUGUACUGAUAAGGCCAUUUAUAUAUUUAUAUACUUACCGAAACAUUGAUGUACAGAGCUCUAUAGUCAUGUGUACGAUUUAAGAUGGUAUGGAUUUUAUAAGAAAUUUCACUCGAAAUACUUACCUCAGCACAGCAGUAACUCAGCAGUGCUAUUCUGUAAGAACAAACUCACUUUUCACCGCGAAAUUCGCCGAUGUAAUUUGAAAUUCGUGUUCUAAUUUUAAAUCACACCGUGGAUUUCAGAUGGAAAAUGAGUUUGUUCUACAGGUGAAAUUUUUGUUUAGACCAUGAUAAGACUGAAGAGAAGUAGGUCGUUGUUGAAAUUAACGAUUUUGAAGUCUAUGAUUGCGACGAAUCAAAUUUUACUAGCAUAUUACAAUUUCAGAAUCACAAAUGUAAAGUCAGGAUUAAUACCUGUAGAUCACGCCCCUAAUUAAAAUAAACAACGAUAACUCGGUAACUUAUUCGUAAACCGAACAGUGUCGAAUCAUCGUGUGUUAGUUAAGUAAGCUUUCUGCCUCAUUGUUCGUCAUUGCCUGAUACCAGUUACACAAAAUUAAAGUAAAUUAGGUAGCAUUUUUGAAAAGUAUCCGAGCUGUGGAUUUUAAAUUAAUAAUUUCAAUGAUGUACAAUCACCUUUGAAAUCUACAGUACAGCAAGUACUUAUAAUUUUGAUCAACGGAGAAUAAUGCAUCGCGUCAGAUCUUUGUCUUUCUAAUACGAAACAUAACAUCGUGUCUAUGUUAUAGAAAUUUAUAUACUGUAAAAACUAGUACUCAUGAAAUUUUAGCUGUUAAAUAUCCUUAACUAGAAUAAUAAAUAUAUAUAAGUCGCCACCUUGCGAAAAUAUGUUCGCUUAAAUCAUUUGAAAAUUGUUGCCUUGAAAUAAUUUAGUCACAGAAAACUGGUUGUUUCAGCUUUUAAUAAUCUCACAAUUAUAUUAGAAUAACGUAACGAUAAGUUAAGUAUUUUAUAUUUCAACAACAUUAAGCGCAAUGUGAAUGCGUUUAUCGUAUUAUGUAAUUUUGUCUGUGAUCAAAAUUUUAUAUUGUUAAGCUGAAAAAUAAGCGCAUUUAAUUAUGAAAAAAUGCAUGCUGUGUAUUUAUACAUUCUGUUAACUAUCCAUUCGCCUUUUAUCGUAUGCCUGAUAAUUAUUAUAAAGAAUAGGCUCAAAAUAAAUUUGUGUGCCGAGACCUAUAACCAUCUAUAACUUUGGACUAACUAGAAAUUUAUAUAUCUUCUAUAUUACAAAAUAUUUGGUUUUUCUUAUUUUAUAACCUGUAAUCGAGGCUAUCUAUCACGUAACCACAUAAUUAGGAAUGAACAUAAAGGCACAAUCGAAAAUUUGUGAUCUGCCGCUUAUUGGCUAGAACCGCUUUAGCUCGACCUUGAAAAAAUAGCACAAGCGAGUUGAAAACUUUUCCAAAUAGAUUAUUUUCUUAAUGAGCAACAUUUAAUAGAAUGUAUAAAUAACAAGUUUACCAUAAUGAAACUGCAUCUUUUGAAUUUUCUGAUUUAAUAUCGUUAAUCAUACAAAUAAAGUUAUCUAAAUUACGUUAUUUACAAAAUAUUGUGCUAAAGCAUGAUGCGUGUUUAAACAACCGAUAAAUGAAGAAAUAAGUAGCCAAUUAAACAUAAGUAAUUGUUGCGAUAAUACUUUACAAUAGUUUGAACUGUGAAUAGGUUCUUUGCAAUGAAAGUCUGGCCUAUAAUAGGUUGAUUAUGUCCUACCUACUUAUGAUUAGGUACCUGCCUAAUUUACUUUACUAUUGCUUAUGUUAAAUUGUUAAUAUACAAAAUCUGUUCAAAAAGUAUCUCGAAUUGUUGACUUCCGCGAGCUAUUAUUUUAUUAUUUUUUAUGACGUUAUAUUGGUACUUUUAUCCCUCACUUAUGAUAAAAGAAUCGGAAUUUUGAAUGUUUAAUUAAUUUUUGACAGCUGCUUUCCCUAGACGUGUUUGGCCCAUCAUCGAUUUCUUCCUGUUCCUUGAUUGGGAUUACAUAAAAAAAAAACUUUUUGAAAAGUCACAAAAUUCACUUUAUUUUUUGAACAGCCCUCGUGCCUACCAAGAGAUCCUUCUCGUGGUGAGCAUUAAAUCUGACUUUAUUAAAGAGUUAAAUAUGUACCUAAUUCUAAUUCAAUAAUACGGUUCAUGUUUAUCUUUACUUUAAAUAUUGUUUAUUCAAUUGAGACUUUUCAACGAGGCAAGCCAUCACUUGACUUAAAUAUUCCUGCGUUAAAUAAUUUGAAACUGUAUCGCCUGCAAUAAAUUUUUUGUUGAUCACUUUUUAAACAAGUCUUAAUUUGUUUUAUUUUUCUAUCGAGAGAAACGUUUGUUUACUCUAAAUACUUUCUAAAAAACCAAAUUCUAAUUUAACAGAAGUUUUCUGAGCACUUACCCAAAGAACAAGUUAUAAAUAGAUAUGUAUUCAUUUGAAGAAACUUGUAUUUAAUUACCUAUGCUUUAUUCUACUUUUAUACAAUAUAAUUAAUAAUUAUUCGUUGACUAUUGUUAUGAUGAAACGAACUGUAGGUACAUGCUGGGUAUAAACAUGUACUUUAUAGGUCAUAAUGAAGAAAGCACAUUAGUCACAUAGUUUAUUCGAACGUUGCAUUCAUUGAACAGCGCAAAUUUUGUGAAACAAGUUCAGUGAAAUAAAAUAUCACGCACAUGCGAU